AUGGAAAAGCACUCUCUUUACUUUAUCUACAAGGGAAGAAAACUUGAAAAUAUCGCAGCUAAAUUCACAAAAGACGUCGAGAAGUAUCCCACCUUCGAAGACUUCAAAACACACACCACCGUCUUUGGCGGACAAUAUUGGGUGGUUAAUACUUUCUCAUUAACCAACCUACCUCUCCACAUCAGCAAAGAACCCAUAGACGAGGUUCGGAAACAGCAAGGUAUUCAAGGUUUUGGGGAGGGUCCUAAAUUGAAGGAUGAAAAUGGCAGGGUUGUGUUUUCAAUUGCCAGGUUGGACCAGUUUUAUACCAACCCUAUUCCAGAAUCCAGGACGCCAGAUUUUGACAAGUUAUGGGCCCUGCGUUGUCUUCAAAUAAAAGACGAGCGGAUCCCAGUUACAUUUCCUAUUUCCAUAAUUCUGCUGGACAAUCCACAAGAGGUGUUCUUCGAUCUGGUGCUGCUGUUUGAAGAAAUCGACUCUACUACACAUGUUGGUCUCGAAGCGAGAUACAAGAAGCCCAAGCUUUUUGACUCGAUGACUCCAGGUAAUAUCGUUACUCCUGGGUCUUCAUUAUCUGACUUUAUACAGCUUCAGUUGGUUCUGAAAGAUGCUGAAUUCUCAGAAGGUAUCGACGUCGGCACCAACGCCGUCCGGAUAAGCUACAAUGGCCGGGUCGGGUCCAAGCCGUUGGUCAGCACGGUCAGCGGAUCCAAGCACACCUUGUCAAUUGGCCAUCUUUGGCUGCAGAUCACCACUUUGCUCGAGGAGCUUGAAGAGUCACUGGGGGGUGAAAAAUCCAGGGAGAAGCUGGUUACAGGGGGCGACGAUUCAGAGGAAUUGGGGUCUGGAGGCGCUGGAGGCGCUGGAGAGGCUGGAGAGGCUGAAAUCACCAAACCACCUGGAAUCACCGAUUGGGCUGAUAUCAACGGUUCUGAAAAACCAAGCAAAAGCCACAAACCCCACAACGCCUGUCACGAGGACCCCGCCGUGUUUGUCGCCGCUACAUGCUCAAUGGCGGUGGUACAAAAAAUCCAAACGGAAAACGGCGCUUUCUACGAACCGCUAGACGAAGAAAUCAUCGUGUGGAUGGACUCUCGCGCCAAACGCCAGGCCAAGUGGUUGAACGAACAGCUACCCCAGGUCGUUCUCGCCCAGAUCGGCGGCCAGGUCACGCCCGAGUUGGGCAUCGCCAAGUUGAAGUGGGUCGACGAAAAAUACAAAAACAGCGGCCGCCACGUUGUGGUUUUCGAGUUGUACGACUGGGUGAGUUAUCUUUUCGCAGCCGGCGGCAUGGCAGACGGAGUAGUGCGGUGUUUGGCGCCAGAGACGCUGUUUGGGCGCGGUUCGCACGCCAUGGACGGUCUGGUGAAGGGCUGGUCUGACGAGCUCUUGGAGGAGUUGGGCAUUCUGGUUCGCGUGGGGGCGCUCUGCGAUGUCGGUUUUGGCGGUGGAUUUGAAUUUGGUAGGGAAAAAAGUGGUGGUGGUGUGGAAUUGGAGGGUGCUGUGGUUGGUACGCCUGGUGAGGCAGAGGCGGGGGACAAAGUGCCAAAGAUGGAGAGUGAGGUAAAGGCGGAGGGGAAGGUGCCAAAGACAAAGGCCAAAGUGAAAAAGGUGAAGUCGAAGAAAAGUGAGGAGAUAAGGUCAGAGCCAGCUGCUACUUCCUCGGAGGAUGGCGCUGUUGGUGCUGAAGCAGUGGCUGCGAAAUCUGGGGAUCUGAGUCCAGGACAGACGGAGGAGUCUGCCACGCAGAAGCCAAAAAAGUCUUUGAAGGAGAAGAAGCCGAAAAAGGCAGUAAAGGCAGUAGAGGAGAAGUUAGAGGAAACGGAGAAGCUAGUGAAGAAGAAAAAGCAGCCCAAGAAGGUCAAGGCAGAGGUCGAGGAGAAUGGCUCAGGAUCUGCGUCUGCUGAGAGGGCUUUGAGUGCAACGCCAGAGCCAUCUGGUCAGAAGCAAAAGGCUCCAAAGGCUCCAAAGGCUCCAAAGGCUCCAAAGGCUUCAAAAUCUACAAAAACUACAAAGGUAUCAACACCAGGUGCUCCAGAUCCAGAGACUCCAGUCCCAAGGAUUCCAACGGCAAAGGUUGUGGAUCGAGAUGUUCCGACCCCUAAGGUUUCAACCUCUAAGGCUCCAACUCCAAGGGUUCCAACUCCUAAGGUUCCGACUCCAAAGGUUCCGACUCCAAAGGUUCCGACUCCAAGUGUUCCAACUCCAAGAGUUUCAAAGCUGACGGAAUCGAACGAUAGUGGAGCCGGCACUCCAAAACCUGCGAAGGCUCCCAAGGCUGCAAAACAGAAAAAGGCUUCUAGUCCGGGCACUGUUACUCCAGAACCUACGAAAAAGAAGUCCCCAAAGCCGAAGAAGGCAACAGUGAAACCGAAAGCAAAGGAGACUGACAGCCAAGAGCCUUCUGGCAGCAAAGAUCCGGCUGAAAAGUCGAAACUGCCGGUUUCUGAAAAAGCUCCAAAAAGCAAGAAGCCAAAGAAGCUCUCAAAGAAGGAUAAGCCUUUGGUGAAGGAAGCAACUCCAACGCUGGAAAACCCCCCAAAGAAGGAGAAGCCUUCGAAAAUUAAGACCCCUCCAAAGGCAAAGACCCCUCCAAAGGCAAAGACCCCUCCAAAGGCAAAGACCCCUUCAAAGGCAAAGACUCCUCCAAAAACGGAGAUUCCUUCAAAGACUCCAAAAACGGAAAUACCUCCAAAGACAUUAAAGACGGAAGAUCCUCCAAAGUCUCCAAAGACAGAAGACGCUCUUAAGACAAAGAAACCCAAAAAGACCUCCAAGUCAAAGGAACCCCAAUCCAAGCACCUGCUUGACUUCUUCCCCAAAGCUGGCGAACCCAUUGCCAAAAAUCGGUAUCUUGGAGGAGUCGUUUUGCAUGGCUGUAUUGACUGCUACGCUGGCGUCGUUGCUCAAAGUAAACUUUCAAAGAACGCAACAAACCAAAAAGACAUUGCCACUUUGGAGAUGGUGGCAGGGACACUGACCUGUUUUAUUGCUUCAAUUCCAGGAUCCACCGAACCGAUUGACGGGCUUUGGGGACCGUUUGACCAGCUCAUGUCUACUCCAGUGUAUGCCUUUGGACAACCGGCUACAGGCAAGAUGUUUGCCGAAUUGCUGAGUGAAUCUGGAGCUGAUUUUGACACUUUGGAGAAGAACCUCAGACAUGCAGAGAAAAAGACGAGGAAGACCUUGACGAACAUUGCGAAGCACCACUUGUACUAUGGAGAUCGCUACGGUAACAGAAGCCCUUAUGGAGAUUUUGGGAUGGGUGAGAUAGUAGUCGCUGGACAUAAUGCUGACCCACGUUUAUUGAAUCUUGAACCCAAGAGCCUCCAAUACUACUGUUUCAUGGAAUUUCUUGCAUUCCAAACUAGGCAAUUGGUGGAUAGGUUAGGUCCUUUGGAUGUGGUGAGAGUUAGUGGAUCGCAGGCCAAAAACAAACGUUUUAUGAGACUUCUCAGUGAGUUUUCCUUCUGUGGAAAGCUGCGUCCUGAAGUUCGUAUAAGCGGUGGUGAUUCUACGGUUUCUGGUGCCAUUGCUGGAUCCAUCAUUGGUGGUGACUACGAUGCUGCUGUUGAGGAUGAGAUUUUCGAAGCAAAGCCCUUGCUGACCGUGGAAAAGGAUGUUUUGGAGAAGAAGUACAAAUAUUUCCUUGAGCUCAGCGACUGGCAGCACCGGUUCCGCCAGACUAUGAGAGAGAAACCUCCCAAGCGUGAAGAAGCCUAG